AUGGUAACGUCUUUCAGGAAAGGCCCGGGAGCCCGGCGCCUGCUGCUCUCGCUUCUCUUUGCAACCUGGGAGGUGGGCAGCGGGCAGCUCCACUACUCGGUUCCCGAGGAGGCCAAGCACGGCACCUUCGUGGGCCGCAUCGCGCAGGACCUGGGACUGGAGCUGGCGGAGCUGGUGCCGCGCCUGUUCCGCGUGGCGUCCAAGGGCCGCGGGGACCUUCUGGAGGUGAAUCUGCAGAAUGGCAUUUUGUUUGUGAAUUCUCGGAUCGACCGCGAGGAGCUGUGCGGGCGGAGCGCGGCGUGCGGCAUCCACCUGGAGGUGAUCGUGGAGCAGCCGCUGCAGGUUUUCCAUGUGGAGGUGGAGGUGAAGGACAUUAACGACCACCCGCCCGUGUUUCCGUGGUCACAGAAAACAGUGUCCAUUUCAGAAUCUAGGCUGCCUGACUCUCGGUUUCCACUAGAGGGCGCGACGGACUCGGACAUCGGCGCAAAUGCUGUUCUAACCUACAGGCUCACUCCCAGUGAUUACUUUUCACUGAACGUAAUUUCGAAAAGCGAUCAGAAUAAAUUGAUAGUACUUGUAUUAAAGAAAUCCUUAGACAGAGAAGAAAUCCGUGAGCACGCGUUGCUACUGACAGCCACAGAUGGAGGCAAACCUGAACUCACAGGCAGCGUUAAACUGCUUAUCAAGGUACUAGACGUCAAUGACAACGCUCCUGAGUUUCAGCAAUUGGUGUAUGAAGUAAAUCUUCGGGAAAACGCCAUUAAUUGGACAUCUGUGAUAACGUUAAAUGCUUCAGAUGUGGAUGAAGGUCCCAACCAAGAGAUUACCUAUCAUUUUAGCAAUGAUGUUUCUUCCAGGAUAACAGAAAUAUUCACCAUCAUUUUGAAUACUGGAGAGAUAAGACUAAAGGGGAAUUUAGAUUAUGAAGAAAUCACUUCUUAUGAAAUCCUAGUGGAAGCAGUAGAUAAGGGGCUUCCACAAAUGAGAGGACACUGCACAGUCCUGGUGAAUAUCCUGGAUAUGAAUGAUAAUGCCCCUGACGUGUCCGUAACUUCGCUGUCUUUGCCCAUCAGAGAGGACGCUCCACAGGGCACCGUCAUCGCCCUGCUCAACCACGGCGAGCCUCCGCUGGCGGCCACGGCCACCGUGCUGGUGUCGCUGGUGGAGAACGGCCAGGCGCUGAAGACGUCUUCGCGCGCGGCGGCGGCGGCGGCGGCGGGCGCGGCGGGCGGCGCGGCGGCGCUGGUGGACGUGAACGUGUACCUGAUCAUCGCCAUCUGCGCAGUGUCCAGCCUGCUGGUGCUCACGCUGCUGCUGUACACGGCGCUGCGCUGCUCGACGCCGGCCGCAGGGGGCGCGUGCGGGCCGGGGAAGCCGGCGCUGGUGUGCUCGAGCGGGGUGGGCAGCUGGUCGUCGUCGCAGCAGAGGCGGCCGCGGGUGUGCUCUGGGGAGGGGCCGCCCAAGACCGACCUCAUGGCCUUCAGCCCCAGCCUCCCUCCCGGUGGGAACGUGGCAGAAAGAAAUGAACAUACAGAAGGAAAUUCGGAUCUUUCCGGUAAUGUAAGUCUUAUUUUGGCGAUUUUAUAUAACUUAUUUAAGAACAUGCAUAUAUUCAAGUAA